GCCCAACUCUCCUUGGAAUACAUGCGUGUGUCACUCUCUACCCUCCAAAGUGGAGGCACAACAACUAAGAGCAUGAUUUUGGUCACACAGUGCCCUUCCAUGCUGGCCCUGGGUGCCUGCGCUGCCAUGGCGCGGAGCAUCGUGGUGUCAACGGGUGGUAAAAAACCCAGCCUGCAGUCGAUCUGCAGUUGGCUGGAAUUCUUCCUGGAAGUCGCAGCCGAACGCCAGGGAGCCUUGCAUCUAGGUUACCCGUGCCCUUUGCUGACCUACCUGGGAGUGGUGCUCUGGGGCAUCCUGAACUUCCUCCCCUGGGGCCUGAUGGUGAUCCCCUGCAAGUGGCUGGUGGAGCGCUACUUUGGCCCCGAUCCCAUUGUGGCGCAAAAGGCGUCCCUGAGUCGAGUGUCUCGAGACCUCAAACAGUCAGAGCGCGGCCGAUCUGAGUUGGCCGAAGCUCCACAAAGAGCCAAUGAGUUCUUUGCCAACAUGGAAAUCUCCUCCCUUUGGUGGAGAGUACGUGCGGUCAGAGGGACCCAUCAGCUCUUACGGCGCUUGCAACUGCCCAUGAAUGUCACGGAAACGCCCAGUUCCUGUUGGGAUACCGCCCAGGAUCAACUCGACGAAAUGCUGCUGCAACUGGCCGCACGGCGGGGGGAGGAUCUGAAAGCGCUGUUGCAGGAGGAGGAUGGAAGCGUCAACGAGCAAUGCCUGAUUCAGAUCUUCGACUCCGCCACCGCGGCAAUUUCCGUGCGCCGCAACGACAUGGUUCGUUCAGCCCUCACUCAGAUAGCAGAACGCUCAGUGGAGGAUUUACUGCUGGGCAUCACUGCUUUGCACUUCCCUCUGCUUCAGGAGACAGAGCUGACCAGCAUGCUUGGUCUUCGUGUGCAGUUUAUGGGCGAAGACGCCGUCGACAUGGGUGGUGUACGUAAAGAGUUCAUGGAUUGUUUUGCAGAGGCUCUCACUCGCGAAGAGGGCACCUCCCCCUUGUCAUUGAUUGAGCGCCUGUGUCUUCUGAGCCUUGGCGCUGACAGCACUUGGCGGCCUUUGCCCUGCGAUGAGGACGAACGAGGCUAUCUUUGGGCCUUGGGUCGUCUCUUGGCAUUGGCCUUCGUCUAUCGUUGUCCAUGCCCUCUACAGUUGUCCCUGCUGGUCUUCAAGUGCAUCCUAGGAGUUCCGCUCCGGCCUGGAGAUGUGCGACAGCUAGAUCCAGACUUUUGGACCCAUCGAGUGAAACCCAUCUUGCAACCUGGUGGAGCAGAGGAGAGACAGCGUCAACUGUCCUCAUGGGGCAUGGAUCAACUGACUUUCACCUCGGCGGAUGGCAGCAGAGAGUUGAAGCCCGAUGGAGCCACAUUGCCUGUCACCGAGCAGAACAAAGAGGAAUAUGCCCAACUCUUGUGCGAAGAUUUCCUCAUUGGACCCAUUCGUCCAGAGAUUGGAUGCCUCAUCAUGGGCUUCCACGAGUUGGUCCCAGAGGAUUUGCUUUCCGCCAGCAACCUCGAUGCUGAACAGCUGCGGAUGCUGAUCUGUGGCAGCAACGAGUUAGACGUGGACGAAUGGGAACAGUACGCCGUCACGGAGGGCCCACCACAGGUCAUCGGCUGGUUCUUCGACUGGUUGCGAAAGCAGUCCGCCGUGGCGCGGUCCAAGAUGUUAGCUUUCGUGACCGGCUCCAGCGUUCUGCCCUGUGGAUGGCAGGGCUUGCGAGAUCCCCAAGGACGUUUCUUACCCUUCCGUGUGCAGGUGGAAGGCAAUGCGACAGCACUUCCAUCUGCACAUACUUGCACCAAUUUGCUGGUGCUUCCACCGGUGCUGGAGCGUUGGGAGUUGGAGUCACGACUGGCCAAGGUCCUGGAGUUCGCUGGUCGUGAGAUGUUGCUGGCGUAGAGUCCUGCGGCCGAGUCGCUGGGCCGAGCCGCCGAGCCGUUGUUUCGCAUGGUCAGACGUCAUGGGCACGACCAACCGUGAGGGGAAGCCAAAUUCUGGCGUUUCUG